AUGACCCUGGGUAAUCCCGGUACGACAGUCCCGGCCCCAUCUGUACUUCCCGAGGCGAACCCGCAUUACUUCUCGGCAUUGGUUGCUAGGGACGCCUACUCUGGCACAGAGGUCGAAGGAAUAUUGCCAUUGGUGGUAGUGGCACUCGUGAGGGAAAGAACUGAGGCGCUAUUCGAAGAGGCAUAUGACUUUCGUAUCACGCGAUACGAUUGGAUCCAUCACUUCUCGAGGGGGGAGGAUUCUCGACCAUAUCACAGCACGGCGCCUAAGAAUCCACCAAGCGGUCAGGUCACUGCGUCUCAAGUACGGGGGGUCCGACUGGUCUUGACGUUCAGGAAACGACGAGCUAGCCUGGUUGGAGGAGGGACAUUGCCAUUCGCAGUGAUGUGUGGGGCGAUCCCUCGAAUCGACUGUACACCUCCUGAGGCGAACUCGAGAUGCUUCUUGGCAUCCUCGAGUCUGGUUGCUUCCCGGGACGCCUACUCUGACAUAGAGGCGAUGAUUAACCAUAGUGUGGGGCAAGAGCACUGCAUAACAGAUGCGGAUGAGUGGUCAUUCUUGUCUUCUUUGAACACCACCAAUCCGAGGAAGAAUCAAAAUAGCGUUGUGAAUAGGAUACGUGGUGAACGCGAACCCGUGAUGAACAACUCCAAUCACUUUCUCGGCAUCCCGAUGACGGUAGUGCUAUUAUGGGGAAUUCGCAACGCUACGUCUGGAGAAGAGCGACAUCUGGUGCUGGCGGUGGAGGGAAUGAAGUUAUCCGGGAUGAUGAAGCUUCGUAAAACGCCUGAAGAAGCGUCACGGCGUACAGGCGAAGACGCUGUGUAUGUGGUAGAGCAGUUCGCUUGUGAAAACGACACAGUAAGCGAUACCAUCAUCACAAAUGGCGAGGAGGAAGAGGAGCAAAGGCCCAGAAAGAGUAUUGCGACGGCUGUUGUUGAGCGAGGUGGCGGCCAUAAGCUAAAAAUGGACCUCCCAAUAUUCAAUCCCUAG